AUGCCUUUUGUUUUGUUCCUAGGUUCAGACAUUGUUCAAUGGUUAACAAAGAACUUGUCAAUAGAAGACCCAGUGGAAGCUCUACAUUUGGGAACACUGAUGGCAGCACAUGGCUAUUUCUUUCCAAUCUCAGACCAUGUUCUAACACUAAAGGAUGAUGGCACCUUUUAUCGAUUCCAGACACCCUAUUUUUGGCCAUCAAAUUGUUGGGAGCCGGAAAACACAGACUAUGCCGUUUACCUGUGUAAGAGGACAAUGCAAAACAAAGCAAGGCUAGAGCUAGCAGACUAUGAAGCUGAGAGUUUGGCCAGGCUACAGCGAGCAUUUGCUCGGAAAUGGGAGUUUAUAUUUAUGCAAGCUGAAGCACAAGCAAAAGUCGACAAGAAGAGAGACAAGAUAGAGAGGAAGAUUCUUGACAGCCAGGAGCGAGCAUUCUGGGAUGUGCACCGACCGGUGCCUGGAUGCGUAAACACUACAGAAGUGGAUAUAAAAAAGUCUUCAAGAAUGCGAAAUCCACAUAAAACAAGAAAGUCUGUCUAUGGCUUACAAAAUGACAUUCGAAGUCACAGCCCUACCCACACACCAGUACCAGAGACUAAGCCACCCACAGAAGAUGAACUACACCAAGAGAUUAAGCACUGGCAAAUGCAAUUAGACAGACAUAGAUUAAAAAUGUCAAAAGUUGCAGAGAGUCUAUUAGCUUAUACAGAGCAGUACUUGGAAUAUGAUCCUUUCCUUGUGCCCCCUGAUCCCUCAAACCCUUGGAUAUCAGAUGACACCACUUUCUGGGAACUGGAGGCAAGCAAAGAGCCAGGACAGCAGAGGGUGAAACGAUGGGGGUUUGGCAUGGAUGAAGCUUUGAAAGACCCCGUUGGAAGAGAGCAGUUUCUCAAAUUUCUGGAGUCAGAAUUCAGUUCAGAAAAUUUAAGGUUCUGGUUAGCAGUAGAAGACCUGAAGAAGAGGCCUAUCCGUGAAGUUCCUGCUCGCGUCCAGGAAAUCUGGCAAGAAUUUCUUGCUCCAGGGGCACCCAGCGCUAUCAAUCUAGAUUCAAAAAGUUACGACAAAACCACGCAGAAUGUAAAGGACCCUGGCAGAUACACAUUUGAAGAUGCUCAGGAGCACAUUUACAAACUGAUGAAAAGUGAUUCUUAUCCUCGUUUUAUACGAUCCAGUGCCUACCAGGAGCUGCUACAGGCCAAGAAAAAGGGCAGAAACAUCCCUAUUUUCCCAUGCCAUAAAAACUGUACACCAACACUGAGAGCGAGCACUAACCUGUUAUGAAAAGAGGGGAAAUCGCUCACAUCAAAGAGGUUAACCAGUCUAGUGCAGUCCUACUAAAAGGAUCACCUUGUAGCAUGGAAGCAGACUCAAAUCAUUAUACAUACUUUGUAGCUCACUGAUUGCCUGACUCAGAGGACAGUAGAACAAGAUGUUGCAUGAGCAAGGACCUGACUUGUUUUCUUUUGUGUAUACUAAGGCAUUACAGACUCCGAGGGACUCUCUAGCCUUUCGAUGCCUCCAUUUCGAAAACUGUCUGCUCACUUCCUCCUUCAUAUCAAGCUGGAUCUGUGUCUUUUUAUUUUCUGCAAGCUCAAGUACAGUGAAAAAAAAGCUUCUGCUAGGCACAGUUUAUUAAAAAAAAAUACGUCAAUCAAAAACUGGAAGAAAUGUAAAAAAUGCAUAUAUUAAUAAAUAUACGUGUGGCAUCACAUUUAUUGCACAAUAAAUUAGCACAGAAGGUUUCAUUUCACUGAUGUAUUCACAUUGAGAAAGAAAGCCUGUGUCUUUGUCUGUUGUCUGUAUAUUCUCUGUUAAUGUUUCUUGCAUUUAUUUUUAUACCAUAUUUAAAAAAGAACACCUUUUACUCCAGAUGUAUUAAAGUUGAUCCUUUCUCUGUAAAUUUGUGUAUGUUUAUAUUGUUGUUUUAUCUUUCAUUAAAAGAUGCAGAAUCUC